CGUCUAAGGUGCCAGAUAGCGAGAAGGCAUCGGUCUCCAGCUCAACUGGAGAAGCUGCAAAGACACAAGGAUGGUCUGCCUAUNAUUGCAUCCACUCAUUUGCUCAAGCGAAUGUUUCGAUAUGCCGACUCACUAGGCAUUCUGUUGUAUGCCAUCGGUGUGAUCUGUAUGACAGCUUCAGGAACAGUCUUGCCUUUACUCGACCUUAUUUUUGGUCAAUCCGUGAACACUUUCAACGACUUUGCUCAAGGCAAUAUUACUGUCAGCCACUUUCGCUCUGAGAUUGCACGAGCCAGUCUAUACCUUAUCUACCUGGCAGUGGUAAGAUUGGUUGUAUUCUAUGUCGGUACUGUCACCAUGUCGUUCGCUGCAAUGCGAACAGUCAGAGCACUGCGCAUCGAUUGCGUCAACAAAACAUUGAGGCAAGAAAUUGCUUUCUUUGACAGCGGCAACACUGGUGCCAUUGCACUCAAGCUGAAUACCUGUGCUAGCCAUAUACAACAAGGUCUCGCGGAAAAGGCAGGAUUGGUAGUGCAAGCCAUCAGUGCACUGAUUACGGCCUUCAUCGUGGCUGUUGCAGUUCAGUGGAAGCUCGCUCUUAUCACGAUUUGUAUCAUACCCGCUAUCGUAAUCACCACUGGCAUCGGUGUUGUUAUCAACGCCUCGCAAGAGAACAGAUGUAUGAAGUUGUAUGGCAAAGCAGGUUCUCUUGCAACGGAAGCAUUUUCGAGCAUUCGUGUGGUCCACGCCUAUUGGUCUCAACCUAGAAUGAUCGAAAGGCACAACCAAAUCUUAGACAACGCCAAAAGAGAGGGUAUGCGAAAGUCGCUGAACUGGGGCUUACUUUACGCCAACGAAUUCUUCUUCGUUUUUGCUGGAUAUGGUUUGGCCUUUUGGCAAGGCAUUCAUAUGUACGCUAGAGACGAGAUCGAAGCCCCUGGCAAGAUCNUGAUCUUCGCUGUUCUUGUUGCCGCCCAGUCUGUGACUCAAGUCGCCCCUCAAAUGCAAAUAGUCGCUAAAGCAGCCAGUAGCGCCGAGGAACUUCUUGAGGUAAUCGACAGAAAGUCGCUUCUGGAUCCUCUGGAGAACAAAGGAGAGCGCCCCGAGUCAAUCCAAGGGGAAAUUGAGCUUGGUGCCAUCAACUUUGCUUACCCCUCCCGGCCAGAUGUUCGAGUUCUCGAUAAUUUUUCAUUGAAAGUUCCCGCGAAAAGCACGAUUGCUCUGGUCGGUGCAUCGGGAUCUGGGAAGUCUACCAUCGUGGGCUUAAUGGAGCGUUGGUAUGAGCCAGAUUUGGGGACUAUCAAGAUUGACGGGCGAGACACUCGCGACCUUGACGUCCAAUGGCUUCGUACCCAGGUCAGAUUCGUCCAGCAAGAGCCCGUGCUUUCCAACACAACGAUUUAUCAAAACGUACGACUCGGCCUCGUAGGUGCAGCAGAUCUUCCAGAGAAUGAGAUCGAAGCGAGGGUGGUAGAGGCCUGCCGAGAUGCAAAUGCAGAUAGCUUCAUCAGAAGCCUUCCAGAAGGGUAUCAGACUGUUGUUGGCGAGCGAGCCAGUAGGCUCUUAGGGNGUCAGAAGCAGCGAAUCGCCAUUGCCCGAAGCAUCACAUCGGACCCUAAAAUCCUUUCCCUGGACGAAGCUACCAGCGCUCUGGACCCACAAGCGGAAGAUAUUGUCACAAGCGCCCUGGAUCGACUGCAAGGCUCAAGGACCACGAUCGCCAUCGCACACAAACUCUCAACCGUCAAAAAUGCUGACAGGAUCGUCGGACUUGACCAAGAUGUCAUCAAGGAGCAAGGCACUCACGCCGAACUCUUAGACCAAAAAGGCGCUUAUUAUCGUCUCGUGAUGGCACAAGAUCUGGGGAAAGACGGUGACUCCUUGGAGAAGAAAGACGCUGAGACUUUGCAUACGGAAGUCAAUCAAAGUCUGUCACGCAAAGAGUCCAAAGGUAUUGGGCAAGAACUUCUCAGGCCAUCAGACGAACGCAGUCAUACACUGGAUUACAAUUUGUUGAAGUGUCUUACCAUUUUCCUCAAAGAGCGCCGGGAUUGCUGGAUGAAUCUGUUCAUCAUCGCGGUAGCAUGCGUUAUUGGUGGUCUAACCUAUCCAGCGCUUGCUGUUCUAAUCAGCAGACUUAUCACCACCUUCCAACUACAGGGAUCUCAGCUGACAGAUCGCGGAGACUUCUACGCACUCAUGCUGUUUGUUGUGGCGAUAGUAAACGGUUUAUUGUACUUCAUCGCUGGGUAUGUUUCCAAUAUCGUGUGCCAGAUCAUCUCGAGGCAGUAUCGCGAAGACAUGUUCAAAAACAUCAUCUACCAAGACAUGGAAUAUUUCGACCAACCCGAGAACGGCACUGGAGCCAUUGUAUCUCGUCUGUCCCAGGCGCCCGCCAAUCUGCUCGAGUUCAUUGGCCUCAACUCUGCACUGCUUCUCAUUGUCUUGAUCAUGCUGUUAUCGUCUGCCAUCACUGCCAUCAUCUUUGGAUGGAAGUUGGCGCUCGUUGCUAUCUUUACCAUUAUGGUGCCGGUUGUUGGCAUGGGAUGUUGCCGUCUCAGAAUGAAAAUUCGACUCGAAGAAGCCACGGAAAGGCUAUUUUCCGACAGCGCAGCUACUGCUUCAGAAGCAGUCUCGGCAAUCCGGACUGUGGCUUCACUGUCACUAGAACAGCACAUAGUUGAGCGGUACCAACCGCAGCUCAGGAACAUCACCAAANAGUCCAGCAAGAUGUUGCUCACCGCGAGUCUGUUUUUCGCUGUAGCUCAGGCUGUCGAGUUCGCUGCUAUGGCAUUAACACUGUGGUACGGCGCACGUCUCAUGUCUUAUGGCGAGUAUAGUACGAACCAGUUUUUCACCGUGUUCAUCGCAGUCGUGUUCGCUGCUGAAGGCUCGGUUCAGAUGAUUGCAUACAGCACUUCGCUUUCUAAAGCACGCGCUGGUGCGAACGAGAUUCUCUGGCUUCGAUCUCAACAUCCACGCAUAGGCAUGCACGACCGAUGCCGUCAGGUACUUGACAAUGAGAAGGGGUCAGAAGAUUCAGCGACUUUCGAACUGGGCAAGGUCGAAUUCGCUUACAGUACCCGACCUGACAACACUAUCAUCAAGGGGUUAGACAUCGACAUCCACCCGGGUGAAUUUAUCGCAUUCGUUGGAGCAUCAGGAUGUGGAAAGUCGACUGUGGUGUCACUCUUGGAGCGAUUCUACGAGCCAUCUGCUGGAAGUGUCAAGCACCACGACAGAGAGCUUAGAGAAUACUGUCCUCGGAAGUACAGAGACGGCAUUGCGUACGUACAACAAGAGCCGAGUCUGUUCGAUACAAGUGUUCGUGACAACAUCCUCCUUGGAACAGUCGACACAGCUACGGCCGCUGAAGUCGAGGCUGCCUGCCGUCAAGCCAACAUCUGGGACUUUGUUUCCUCUCUACCUGAAGGCCUGGAGACUGGUUGCGGAGCUGGGGGUACACGCUUGUCCGGUGGCCAACGACAACGAACAUCGAUCGCACGAGCACUCAUUCGCCAACCUCGAGUACUGUUGCUCNACGAAGCGACGUCUGCAUUAGACACUAACUCUGAAAAGUACGUUCAAGCCUCAAUUGCCCAAGCGUCCAUUGGUCGUACUACGAUUGCGAUUGCUCAUCGACUUUCUACGAUCAAGGACGCAGACAGGAUCUUUGUUUUAGGCCAGAGAACUGUGGUCGAGCAAGGUACUCACACUGACUUGAUCAAGCAAAAAGGCAUCUACUACAAAUUGUGCCAGUCGCAGUCCUUG